ACCAUUCUUUAAGCUUCCCACAUAAAUACUUUCAUAGUUUUUGAGUUUUAAUUUUACCGCAAAAAGCCUUUAAACUUAAAAAAUUCCUUAAGUUUUGAGGGAAAUUCGAUAGUUGGGUGCAGCAGAGAUGUGAAAUUUUUUAAAGAACUAAGAAAAACAUUGAAGAAAACGAGGAAAAAUCAACACUUUCGAAACGAUAAAAUAAAAUCUGUUCCAUAGUAUUAAGGAAAAAAGAAUAUAAUUGGAAAACACCGAUAUGGAGCACAAAAAGAAUAUUUUAAUAGGAUGUACAGGUUCAGUGGCGGCCAUAAAACUCCCUGUCGUCCUCAAUCUUCUUAAAAAGCGAGAUCAGACCUUUCAGAUAAGAGUCGUACUGACGGAGCGAGCAAAACAUUUCGUUAAUAUGAAUGAAAUAUCAUCGAUGGCUGAACUCUUUACAGACCAAAGUGAAUGGCAAAUCACAAAAGGACUAAAUGAACAAAGCUUGCAUCUGGAGUUAGUUCAAUGGGCUGAUAUUUUUAUCAUAUCACCACUUGAUGCAAAUACGCUUGGCAAAAUAAGUUCAGGAAUAUGCGAUAAUCUUCUCACGUGUGUAGCUCGUGCUUGGGAUUUACACAAGCCACUUCUAUUUUGUCCCGAAAUGAACACAAGACAAUUUCUUCAUCCAAUCACUAACAAGCAGAUUGAAGAAAUGAAAUUGUUCGGUUAUUAUGAGCUUCCAUCGAUAUCAGAAACACUACUUACGGAAGGGAGUAGUGCUGGAGCUCUUUCUGAAAUUAACUACAUUAUUGACGCAAUUUUUAACCAUGUUCAACAGCUACAAAAUCAAUUGGUCGGUGGAAUGCAACAACAUCAACAUGAUCAAAAAUACAAUCUCCAUAUGCAUCACUCAUCAGUACCAUCGCCUUUGAACGACAGCAAGUCUUCGACAAGUCCAAUGAGCGCGAUUUUUCAACAAGCAGGAAUCGGAGGAGUUAUACAAAUAAAACAUAAAUCUGAAAAUUCUUCGUUUGGUGAAAAGCCGUUCACAUGUGACGUGUGUGGAGGAAAAUUCUCUCGUUACUCAAGCCUGUGGUCUCACAAAACAUUACAUACAGGCGUUAAAAAAUUUUUAUGUGACAUCUGUAAUGCAUCUUUCGCCAAAGCCAAUUACUUAAAUAAUCAUAAGAGGACACAUACUGGUGAAAAACCAUAUAUUUGCGGAACAUGUGGUCAGGGUUUUGCGCAAUCAACUCAUCUUAAAAAUCACGAAAGGAUUCAUACAGGUGAGAAGCCGUUCACGUGUGAAGUUUGUAACAAAUCUUUUGCGCGUUAUUCAACACUUUGGAAUCACCGACGUAUUCACACGGGGGAGAAACCAUACAAGUGCACUUGGUGUCAAUCCGCUUUUUCGCAAGCAACUCACUUAAGAAAGCACGAAAAAGUUCAUCUUGGAAUCAAGCCAUUCAAAUGUGAAUUGUGUAGCUCAUCCUUUGCAGAUCGUUUUGCGCUUCAAAGACAUCAAAAGACUCAUAUAAAGAUUGAUGAGACCCCUUUAAAAUUAAAGAUUCCUGAAAUGAAUUCAAGUUUCUCACAAAAAAGAUUACAGUAUAUACCACCAGAAAAAGGCUCGUUUCCUCUUGAUCACGAAGGUGUUUGCAAAAGGUUUAUGUUGGAAUAUUUCAGCUGUUUACAAGAAAAUCGUGAAAACAACAGUGCAUGUAGAGAACAGAGUAAAUCUUAUUUAGAAUGCCGCAUGAAGAAUGGAUUAAUGCAAGAAGAAAGCUGGGAAAAAUUAGGAUUUAAACAAGCUAAUAAAGAGUCAAAAGAAAAUCAAUCUUAGUGUUAUUAGUCAGUUUACCAUUGCAUAAAAAUUUCAAAACAAAAUGGAACACGUAAUAAAAUAUAAAAACAUUUUAAUUGGAUGUACGGGCUCCGUUGCAACAAUUAAAUUACCAAAUCUUAUCAGUGAACUUAAAUCAAGAGAGUCAUCAUUGAAUAUUAAAGUAGUGCUUACGGAAAAAGCAAAACAAUUUCUAGAUUUAAAACAAAUUGAAUCAACUGCUGAGGUGUUUUUGGAUGAGAAUGAGUGGAAAAUGUGGAAGAACCGUGGUGAUCCUAUUCUUCAUAUAGAUCUCGUCAAAUGGGCUGAUUUAUUUGUGAUUGCGCCGCUCGAUGCAAAUACACUUGGAAAGAUGAGUUCGGGAAUUUGUGACAAUCUCCUUACUUGCAUUGCUCGUGCAUGGGAUGUUGAAAAGCCUUUGCUGUUUUGUCCUGCUAUGAAUACAAGAAUGUUCCUUCAUCCAAUAACAAGUCGACAAAUUGAAGACCUUAGAGAUUUCGGAUAUUACGAGAUAAAGCCUAUUUCAAAAACUCUAAUGUGCGGUGAUACUGGAGUUGGAGCAAUGGCUGAAGUCAAUGUUAUAGCAAACCAGAUAGCUUCUCACCUUAGUCUAGUUAAAGUCGAGCCAAACAAUUCAAACCAAUAGCAUUUGAAAUUAAAUUCUCACUUUAUUAAUCGAAAUGGAUAUAAUAAAAGUCGAUUUUUAAUAUUUAAAACAUUCUAUUUUCGUACUCUUUUUUAAUAUCAUUAUUAAAAUAAACAACAAUAUUUCAUGUUAAGGUUUUAUGAGUUCCAUCACAAAAUGGCCUGUUCUUGGUUUGUUUACAGUUGCACAAAUAAUAAUCUCCAGUCUUUUCCACUUUAAACUUUAUCGGUUUCUGUUUGAUCUUGAAGUGUACCAUUCUAUGAGUUCCAUCACAUAGUGGUUGACCAUGUGAUUUACCGCAAAGACACCAAACAAACACUUUGUCGGCAACCAAAUGCAUUUUAAAUGGUUUCUUAUCAUAUACGGCACCGUUUUCGUCUUGAUAGUUUCCGUUUGUUCCCUCUGGAAGCAUAUUUUUUGGUAUUUGACUACUACAUAAACGCCUGACAGUCCAGUUUUGCAGCAAAGAAGAUUUUCGAAUUAAAUUCAUUUUUUACAAAUAUUUUAGAUUGAAAAUGAAUUGAAAGUUGGGUAAAAGAUGCGAAAAGUCUC